AUCAGAGGAGCCCAAUGGAUAUAACGUGUAGGAAAAAAAAUUCGCAUCCGGGUAUACGUAUAUCCAGAAUUUCCACGAAGUGAGUAGACUCCGGAAACUUACCAGGAUGCACUACGUAGACAUAUAAAUAAGAGCCCAAGGCCCUGGCUGAUAGAAUCUUCAUAGCCAGCCUGACUGAUGGUAACCAGAUUUUUCUUCUUAAUAUCAUAAUUUAAAAUUAUUUGAGGCAGCAUGGAAAAUCCGGUGGCACCCGUACAGUCAGGUAAAUUUUAUCAGAUUCCCGUCUCCUCCGUUGAAGAUGAGAAAUCAUUACUGAAGACAAAGAGGUUGACAAGCGCCAGUUGUCUCGCACUUGUCGCACUCGCAACUCUGCUCGGCGUCGGUGUCAUCAUCGGAACGAACUACCUUUACCGCAUGAACUACGAUCAGUACGUGAACAGUCUGACGAUUGAGCAUGGUGAGUCGACUAGCAUUCCCUCGGAGUACGCGUCGCCGGACGCACUGCGUGAAGAGCCCGACGUGGAAGCGAGAUGCUCCGUGCUUGCCGAGGCACUCCGCAAUCGCGGUGUCGCGGAGAAGGCCGACGACGAUAUUCACCGACGGCUGUACGACGCGUGGCUGUCGCACUGCAGCGGCAACGUCGGCGUCAGAUUACCGGAGUCCGACACACCGGCCGCCAACUCGACAUCGGCUCACGACCUUCGGCUGAUCUUCAAAAUGGCGCGGCGCAAGCGAGCGGCGACCGCUGGGUGUGACAUGACACGCGUCGGCGACGGCUGGUGCGACGAGGAGUGCAACACGCCGAGUUAUCGCUACGACAACGGAGACUGCUGCGCGCACAUCUGCGAGUUGUCAGAAAGCUCUAAACUAUUUCCCUGCGGCUCCAACGGCUACAACUGUAAGAUCGGAACUCAGGCCCCCGCCUGGUUUCGCCAGCAGACUCAGUUUUGCUUCCGCUGGCACCCAGACGGCGAUGGUGGUCAGUGUGGCACUGGCAGCGAACCGCGUGAGAUCUGCGCAAAUACGGGCCAGCAGACAGCUGUCUAUAGAGAUGAUACGGACGGCCGCGGCGGAGGCUGCCAAAUGUCGUGGGGCAUCGUGUCGCCGCACAGUAGCAGCUGGUUCAAGGCAGUGCAAGUCUGCUACCGUUUCUACGCCGAUGGAAAUGCGGGGCAGUGUCACACCGGCUCAGUCACUGGAAGAGUAUAUGAAUUCUGUGCACCGGUGGGACAGUUCACAUCCUCCUACCGCGACGACACCGACGGAAGGGCAGGCGGAUGUCGUAUGUCCUGGAAGCUGAAACUGCCAUCAACGACCACCCUCGAACCUUGGGCUCAGAAGAUCCAGCUCUGCUUUCAAUGGUACCCGGAUGGCGACGGUGGUCAGUGUGGCGGAGGUGCGGCCAGGAAGCUCUGCGCAAAUGCAGGAUUUUGGACCCCGUACUAUCGUGACGAUACAGAUGGGAGGGGUGGCGGCUGUCGCAUGAGUUGGGGCAUUUACGCUGCUUGAAGAGAAGAAACUACAAACUAGUUCUGAGCGUCAAGAGUGUUAUUUCGACAUUGUAAUAUAUAUAUAUGUGCAGCAAUAGGCCGAAUAUGUUGAUAAUUAUUCUAUUGAUUAUGAGGUCUAAUAAAUGAAACGAAUGUAUAAUGAAUACGAAUAAAUAAAUAUAUAUAACCCCGUGAAAA